CGGGGGGCCGCGGGGCGGUGUGGCGGCUGCGGCGGGGAGGAGCCCCGGCAGGGCGCCUGGACCGUGGAGGAGAACCUCUACACCAUCCUCAAGAAGAAGGUGAGCAGGGUGUACGCGGCGCCGCCGGAGGAGAGGAAGAAGCGCAUCUACAGCACCGCGCCCUCCAAGUUCACCACCAUCGACCAGUCUAGCGGGCUGGGGUUCAGGCUGGUGAGGAUGGGGUUCGAGGACCUGUACCUGAGCAGCCCGGGAGGAUUGUACGAGAAGUUCGGCAACGACUACUUCCUCUGCACCGGGCCGGCGUCCAUUCUGGUGCCCGUCGUCGUCGGCCCCGGCGAGGAGUGGAGGGGGGCACAGGUCAUCGAGCACGACAACUUGUAACUGCUUUUUUCUUGCGUGCCAACAGAGUUACACAAGAAAUCAUAUACAUUCUCACAUGGGGAUGAAUCUUGUAACUACCCAUUGCGAUCAAUAUGUACACAUGCAGUAGAUUA